AACACAGCUCUUGACUCCAUUUUUACUUUAUUUUUUUAAGCACUGCUGACAGAGUUAAGAUAACUUUUUAUUGUACCAUGUAUAACUAUGAAAUAGCAUUAACAGGUGAAGGAUGUAACAAAUUAGACAUCUCUUCAUUUUAGAGAGAGAAGAUGGAAACAUCAUUGGUUUUCUUUCCUCAAUUAAAUAUGUGCGAAUCAAAAGAAAAAACUUUUUUCAAGUUAAUACAUGGUUCAGGAAAAGAAGAAACAAGCAAAGAAGCCAAAAUCAGAGCUAAGGAAAAAAGAAAUAGGUUAAGUCUUCUCGUGCAGAAACCUGAGUUUCAUGAAGAAACCCACUCCAGUAAAUCUGGGCACUUGGCCAAAGAAACAAGAGUCUCCCCUGAAGAAGCAGUGAUAUGGGGUGAAUCAUUUGACAAACUGCUUUCCCGUAAAGAUGGACUGGAGACUUUUACCAGAUUCCUUAAAACAGAAUUCAGUGAGGAAAACAUUGAAUUUUGGAUAGCCUGUGAAGAUUUCAAGAAAAGUAAAGACCCUCAACAAAUUAUCCUUAAAGCAAAAGCAAUAUAUGAGAAAUUUAUACGGAAUGAUGCUCCACAAGAGGUUAACCUUGAUUUUCACACCAAAGAAGUCAUUACUAAGAGCAUCACCCAACCUACCCUACACAUUUUUGAUGCUGCACAAAGCAGGGUGUAUCAGCUUAUGGAACAAGACAGUUAUACACGUUUUCUGAAAUCUGACAUCUAUUUAGACUUGAGAGAAGGAAGACCUCAGAGACCAACAAAUCUUAGAAGACGAUCACGCUCAUUCACCUGUACGGAGUUCCAGGAUGUAAAGUCAGAUGUUGCCAUUUGGUUAUAAAGAAAAUUAAUUUUGUUCAUUUUGAUGGCAAGCUUGUAAUCUGCUUUUAAUAUACAGCAUGUUUACUUCUAACAAAUGCAUCAUAUCAAAGGAUUUUAAAAAUGUAAAUCAAAACUUACCUUAUAACAACACCUACUAUAUCU